GAUCGUUUGCACAAUCGCAUUAACGAAGAAAAAGAAGAAGGUGAACAAGAUUAUGGAAAUGUUGUUAGGAAAGGUUUAAAUAAAUUAGAUACCGUCACAACAGUGCCUCAAUUACAACAAAAAUUUAAUAAAUUUAAUAUAAUAGAUGAAGCAGCAAUUACAACUAAUACUACAACAACAACAACAACAUCAUCUAAAACAUGUGUAGCAGCAGCAAAAACAUCAUCAGCAACAACGUCGUUGUCGUCCUCGUCAUACUCUCUAGUAAAUAAAUCAUCAUUAACACAACAACAACAGCAAAAUACGGCAUUAGCUAAAUUUAAUCGAAUUAUUGACAAUACAGUGCCGGUUAUUAACACAUACAACUAUCAGCAACAUGUUGCUGAGACAUUAGCCAAAAACUCACAACAACAGCAUCCUCAUUAUCAACAUGAUGAACUGAAGAAACAGCAACAACAAUUUGUAGAGAUGCCCAUUUUAAGUGAUAGUUUAAAACGUAGAUUGGCCAAUAACCAUCAUCAAUACUAUAAUACCGACCUAGUUGUAAAUAAUUCUAAAAUUAAUUUCUCAUCAUCAACAGCAGCAGCAGCAGCACCAUCAACAUCAACAUCUGCAGCUGCUACUGCUGUUGCCUCGACAGCAGCCAAAGAAUUAGUUGUGGUGGCCUCAACAUCAAAGGCUGCCGCUACUGCUAAUUUGGCUCGUUUGGCAACAGCAGCAACAUUAUCAUCUUCAUCACAACAAGAACAAGAAUUUGAGACAACAUUGAUGAAAUUGUCUUUGGAUGAAGAUGAACAUUUAGAACGAAAUGAUGUUCAUUAUUUGUUGAAACAAUUAAAUAGUUUUAGUGAUAUUGAAGAAAUAGAAAUUGUUGAUAUGAAGCAAAAACAGCGUCAGCUACAGCAACAACAACAACAUCAAUUACAGCAACAAUAUAACAAAGAGAAAAAUUAUAUUAUUGCAAAAGACCAACAACAAUCGAGCACCACAAUUGAGCAACAAUACGAAGCUAAAAGUGAUUCACAACAUGAGGAAGAAGAAAGAGGAUUGGAUUUAAAUUUUAAAGAAUAUCAGCAAAAAGAACAAUUGGCAGAAGAACAGAAGGCCACUUUCACUAAACCACAUGUUGAGGAAUCACAGCAACAGAUUGUUGUUGGUAUGCAAACGUAUACUACGGAAAGCAAGCAACAUUAUCAAACAACAUCACCAACAGCAACUUCACUUGUGAUAUACUCACCAUCGUCACAAUCGCACAAAGGUAUACGUCGCUAUGCCUCUCAAGAUGAGCACGCCGCCGCCGCUGCCUCCUGCUCCUCAUAUCAACCUCAUCAACAACCCCAUCAUCAUCCCCAACCUCCACAUCAUCAGCACUAUCAUCAUCAUCAACCCCAUUAUGUACAUUUGCCUUAUGAGCAUUAUUCCGAGAGUUCCAUAUUAAAUUCGGUGGCCGCUCAGGCUGUAGCCGCCGAUCCUUUGAUCUUACAACAAUUUGUGGAUGAUUAUAUAUUUCAAUCCUGCCAUUAUUUGGAAACAAAUAAUUUUGUUGCCAACUAUCGCACUGCCAUGGUCGAGUCAUCGUCUCAUGAAUUUCGGCCAUCCACCACCACGAACACAACACGCACCUCCAACGAGGAGUUCUAUGAGGAAGAAGAGGCCGGCUAUGUAGAAGAUCAUUCAUCAGCUCAUUCGUUUGAAUUGCAUGAGACUGAGCCACCCACAGUGAUAUGUAAGGCUCCGGCGCCUUUACCAGCCAUCACCACCAUUUCAAAGCGUUCCAUACAACAACAACAGUAUACCAUGGAGACACGUUUAUGUAGCAGCGGUGUACAGACUGAUUUAACGGCUUCAUCUUUAGCUCAAAGUUUUAGCCUUAGUUCAUCGUCAUCCUCAUCGGAGAAACACAAACGUAGACAACCGUUAUUUAAAUGUUGCUAUACUCCACUCGAUAGAUGGCGCGAAAAGCGUUCACAACAAUCGCAAAUACAAAAACGCACAAAAUCUGCCACGACUGCUGGCCCUAACGAAACGAAAUCACACGAUCAAUUGCAGCCUCAGCAGCAGUUACAGCAGAUUACUACUAAAAACUCUACAGUUGCUUUUGUCGGUAGUGGUGGAGGUGGUGCUAGUGGUCCUUCAUAUGCUGGCUGCAGUAGUGCUAUUCUAAAUAGCACCAUUGCCUCCCUAACAUCAGCCACCACUGCCACAACUACCACUACAGCAACUACACUACUAAAUACCACAUCAACAUUGGUUGUACAACCUCAAUCACAUCAGCAUCAUCAACAACAUCAACAACAUCAUCAUAAUCAUCUUAAUCAAUCUCUAACGAAUAAAAAUAAUAAUAAAAAUAAUAAUGCACCUUAUGCAGUUUGACAAAUGCCUUUAAAGCAACAAUUUUUUUAUGUAAAAAUGUUGCUUGCUUUCUGCCAUUUAUACCUUAAACAAAAUAACACUAUAGUUUUCCUUUUUGUAUAAAAAAAUACAACAUAAUUAAAAAAAAAAACAAAAACAAAAAAAAAAAAACAUAUGAUAAUGGAAAUUUUUGCCGCCCACUUUAAUACAACAACAAAAACAAACAAAAUGAAACAAAUACACAACAAACAAAACAAAACAAAAAAAUGAACGCCGCCGCUGUCUUAUUUUUGUAAAUCUCUUUUUCCAAAAACUAAAAACAAAAAAAUACAAAAACAAAAUCACUCUUUAUAAUUUUUUUGCGAUGUCAACAAUUUUUUGCUAUUUCCUUGUCUUGUAAAGAACAACAAACAAAGAAAAAAAAUAGUAAUUACAAAAACAAGUAAAACAAAACAAACUACUUUUUUAUAACCUCUUAAACCGAAGAAAACAUCAAUGGAAUCAAUUUUUAAAUCGAACACACACACACACAUACACACAAACCAACCAACCUACUCCUCCUAUGACACUAAUUGCAAUUUAAGGGGACAUUUUUCUUUAACGAUUUUUUUGGAAUUUUAUGAUUUUUUUUUAAAGAACCAUUUUGAAUUUUCUUUGUAAACAUAAUGCUGGCAAUAUAUUUGCUAAAUUUAAAAAUUUUUUAAACUUUAACAUUUAGUUAAAAAUGUAAAAAACAAGAUGUUUGUUGCUUAGCCACAUGUUGCUAGGUUCGAAUAAAUGUUACUGGUGUUAUAGCAAGGUAUAGCAAAAAUAAACUAAACUUUUUGUAAAAAAUACUAACAAAAUUUAGCAACAUUUUGUUCGAGUUUAUAAAUAUGUUGCUGGCAAUAUGAUGUGUAAAUUUUAAAACUUGUCAUUUAGUUAUUUUUAGUUAUGUCCAAAAAUAUUAAAAUGUUGAGAUAAAUUUAAAGAAAUAACAUAUACUUUGCUUAGCAACAUGUUGCUAGGCCUUGAAAUAUUGUUGCAACCACUAUUUAUUGUAAAUUUAAAAACUAUUAAUCAACAAUAAAAUUUUUUAAAUAAAUUAAAAGCUAGUUUUUUAAUUUUUGCUAUAGCAACAUGUUGCUAACAUCUCUAAUUUAAUAAAAACAUUUCACAGUAUAUUUAAAUAUUUUUUAAAAUUCUUAUAUUUCAAUAAGUUUCUUUCAAGUGAACAAUAUUAUUUUAAAAAAAAAAAAAAAAACAUUGUAAUUUUUGAAUAGUUUUAUUUGCAACAUGUUGCUAGUGUUUCUGUUACCAUAUUUUAGUAAAAUUACAAGCUUGUCCUAACUAAUUGUAAAAAAUUUGCAAUCAAUUUAAAAAGAAACUCAAAAAUUUUUCUUUAGCAACAUGUUGCUGGUUACGUACACAUGUUACAGCAUGUUUAAGUUUUCUUAAACAUUUUAUAUUAAAAUUAGAUUCUUUUAAUUUUAAAACACCUGUCUUUGAGUUAUUGCAAAAAACAUUUAACUAUUUUUUAAAUAUUAUUAAUAUUUUUUAAACAGCAACAUGUUGCUAAAUCACUUAACAUAUGGUUGGCAACUUACAUAUUUCGUUAAUUUAAAUAUUGCAAAAAAAACAUACAAUUUUGAAAAAAAUUUCAAAUAAAAAAAGAAAAUUUCGUUAGCAACAUGUUGCUGGUAACACAUUUUCAACCUUUUUUAUGAGUAAUCAUGCUCAAAAGUUGUUAUAAAUUAAAUUUUUUAAAUGAUUUCUGCAAAUAUAAACAUUUGAGUCUUUGAGGAAUGAAAACAACAUGUUGCUAGAAACACUAAUAGUUGCUAAACAUCUUUAUCAUGAUGCCAGCAAUGUUUUUGUUUAUAUAAACAUUUUCUUUUUAUAAUUUGAUGAAAAUAUUCUGAAAAAUUUUGUUUUCCUUAACAAGGCAAACUUUUGAUAGUUUUCAACAUGUGGCUAGCAACAUAUAUAUACAUGUUUAUUGUUAAGAUAAAAUAAGUUCUUCAAAAAAUGUGUUUUGCAUUCUAAAUUUCUACAAAAACUUUCUACUAAUGCUUUAAUUUUUGAGAAUAUUAACAUAAUGUUUUGAAACAAAUUCAGCAUGUUGCUAAGAAGAUUGUGCAAUAAAAGAAAAUGUUGCUAAGAAUUAGAAAAACUAACUACAAAAUACAUUUGUAAGAAAUAAAGAAAAUCAUUGAGCUUUAGAAAUUAUUAUUUUAUAAUUUUAUUAAAGAAAUUGUUUUAAUAACUCUAUCAACAUGUUGAUAAUAAGAUUUAGCAACAUUCUCAAAAUUAAUAUUAAAGUUAAUGAUGAAAAAAUAACAACUAGAGUAGUAAAGAAAGCUGCAAUUUAAAACGUUUUACAAUUUAAGCAACAUUUAUCAAAUGUUUACAACAACUGGCAACAUUUUUGAAUCCCCUACAUCAUUAACGAAAAUUUUAUAAUUUUCCUCCAACAAAAUUGCAACUAGUGUUAUUAACACCAAACAACAGCAAAAAACCAACCAAUAAACAAACAACAAAACUAUUUAAAUGAAAUAUUAUUAAAUUUCUUUUAAUUUCUUUUCGAUAAAAGAAAUAUUUAAGAAAUUUUUUAAUAUUUAUAUUUCUUACAAAAAAAUACUACUUUUUUUGAAAAGUUUAUUAAUAUAACUAACGCGCUCCUAAACUUUCCAAAAAAAAAAUAUAUAAGAAACCGAAAACAAAACUAAAAUAACACUCUAGUUUUCUCACCAUCUCUUCUUCUUGUUGUUAUAACAUUUUUUUUUUUAUAAAAAUU